AUGUUACAUAAUUCAUCACACGAGAACUCGCCUCGUCCUAUUCUUAAAAAGGACAGUAGAUCAUCCAGUGAAUGUGGCGUUCUAGACAGAAAAAACAGUAGAACAUCCAGGGAGAUAUUUCAUUUGCUAUAUAUCAGUUAUUACGCAAUAUCACGAAUUCUACCAAUAUAA